CCCUCGUCCCGCACCUAGGUAUCACGCGCGUGCUGUCGUCGUCCUAAACGAGCCAAACCGAUCUUUAUCCCGCCGCUGCCGCCGUCGCCGUCGCAAUGUCGUCCUCGGCAACGACGCUCCUGCGCUCGUCCCUCCCGCCGGACCUCUUCGACCAGACGACGCUCGUGUCGCUCGCGUCGACCGUGGCCAUCCUGGGCGCCGCGUACGCCGCGUCGCUCGCGGCGCUGCCACCAACGCCGACGUCGACGCGGUCCGUGCUCGCGCGGCACCGGCGCGCCCUCUUCGUCUGGCACGCCUUCGACGCCCUCAUCCACUUCGCCCUCGAGGGCGGCUUCCUCUACCACUGCUUCUUCUCCUGGACGCCCCUCGCCCGCGUCGCCAACCCCCUCGCCCUCGCCCCCACCCCGCUCAACUACCUCGGCCACCGCGACGCCCGCGCCUACGGCCCCCAGGCCGCCGCCCCCGGCUCCCUCGCCGAGCCCCUCGCCCGCCUCUGGAUGGUCUACGCCAAGGCCGACCGCCGCUGGGCCGGCGCCGACCUCUCGGUCAUCAGCCUCGAGCUGCUCACCGUGUUCGUGGCGGGCCCGCUCGCGGUGGCGGUGUGCGCGGCGCUGGCGCGGGGGUCGCCGCGCGCGAGCGUGCUCAUGCUGGUGGUGGCGACGAUGGAGCUGUACGGCGGCUGGGUCACCUUCUGCCCCGAGUGGCUGACGGCGAGCGGGAACCUCGACACGGCGAACCCGCUCUACCUCUGGGUCUAUCUCGUCUUCUUCAACGGGCUCUGGGUCGCGCUCCCGCUCUACGCCGCCGCCGUCGCCGCCGCCGACAUCGCCGACGCCUUCGCCGUGCGCGCCCGCGCCGAGGCCAUCGCCAAGAGGAAGUGAACAAGGCCCUUGCGCGAUCGGUGCGCGGACGAGCGCGUGCGGGGGGCCUUCGGGGACCCGCGGAAGACGAGGCGAGGCUGGGUUUCGCGUCGGCGUGGACCGGAGACGAGAGCCAUAUAUGUCUAUACGAAAAAGAAGGUAUGGGGAACGUGGGUGGGCCUGCGGGGGAGUGGAGGAGAAGAGAUGAUGGGAGAAGAGGA